AUUAUGAAUAAAUUUUUAAUUACAUUAGCAAGAAUACCAAAAUGUCAACCAAGAUUUGGAUUUGCAGACGUUUUGAAAGACAAAGAUAAAGGAGAUGAGAAAGUGUAUUUUACUAAAGAAGAUUGUAUAUAAUUAACAAAAUUUAUUAGAAAAGUUAAUGUAAAAGUUACUUAAGAAAAUGAAAGAAAAUAAUGAAAAGCCAAAAUCAUCAGGAAGUAAUGACAAAGAAGACAAGGAAGAUUUGCAAGUAUACAUAUUAAAAUUAAUCUAGAAAAUAUUUUCCAGAUAUAAGAUUAAUUACACUGAUGCAUUGAUUGAAGAAGUCUUAAAUUGGAAGAGAGGAGAUUGAUAUAUAAUAAAUAUAAAAAAUAUAAAGAAUAAUCAUCU